GACGGUGGAAUCUUCUGCGUUUUGGUUCAGUUUCGUUUUUGUUUCAUCACUCAUCGGUCACUAAAAGACUAUUGGAGACAUCCAAAUCUUGCCAAGAGAUUCUCAACUCUUCUUCUUCGCUUCAACGCCUAUAUUCAUCUGUUUCGCUCACUGCGUGCCGCUAUCUCACUCGGAGUGCCAGCAAGCUACAAGUAGUUUACCACCCGUGACGCACGUAUUGGACAUACCGAAGCCGGUCAAACCGCAUUUGCUAUACACCACUGUUUGAGCCGCCAGAAGCCCUACGUGUGUGCCCAGCAACGCCGUAACUACCAACAAAGUCGGAAAAAUCCUGAAGAGGAUUCUGCACUGCAUUCUUACCUACGGAUAAAGAUCGCUUUCAACGUCGCAACUAGCAAUGGAUCCCAGUGUGAAGAUCGAGAUGCCGCACAUCGCCAGCCACGACGACGCUGCUGAUCAGCGGGCGGCAAGCGAACACGUCAAGCGGCCCAUGAACGCCUUCAUGGUCUGGGCGAAGACCGAGCGCCGCAAGUUGGCCAUGAAGCUGCCGGGCAUUCCCAACUCGGAAGUGAGCAAGCUGCUGGGCGAUAUGUGGAGAAGUUUGACCGACGAGGAGAAGGACAAAUACCGUGGGCAGUCCGAGAAAAUUCGCGUCCAGCACAAGAAAGACAAUCCCGGAUACCGCUACCAUCCAAACAGACCUCGCAAGCAGCGCGCGCUGGACUCGGCCAGUCCAAUGGCUACAAGUCUUAUCCAGAGCAGCAAGCACCAGGCGCAGCGCUCCCUGACGCCAACCGCCAGCAAUCCGCGACUAAUGAGCAUGCAGGGCUCUGAGCAGCAGCAGCACAGACCCCACUCGGCGCCCCCAGCGUACCAGCAGCAGGAGCAGCAGCACCAUUCGAGCAAUGCAUCCUACAGCAGCAGCACCAGCAAUGGCAGCCUGCGUGGCCUGUCCAGCGUUCCUGUGUCUCAGUGGUGGUCACCAGCCAGUACACCACCCACCUCCACAUUCAUGUCCAAUGGGCAGACAGCAGCGGCCCGCAGCCCUGCAGCAUUCUCCAUGCACUACCAACAGGCCAACAGUAGCAUCAGUAUGCCACACAGCCCCGCCAGCAGAUCUGGAACUUCUGGACAGCAGCAGCAGCAGGAUCUAAGCCUGAGCAGUGGCGGCAUGACUGCGCACAGUCCGUCAUCGGCCUGGCUGAAGCAGAACUCUCCAGCUGACUCCCACUGCUCCUCCAGCAGCAAGCAGAGAGCCUCGCCGUGUCUGCUGCCCGACAACAGACAUCAGAACCAGUCGCCUUUGAUCGGCGCGGCUAGCGGCAACUCUGGCAGACUUAGUUCGUCCCUGAACAGUAGCUCUGCCUCCGUGGGCAUCCCCACCGGUGGCAGUCUCUUGCCUACGUUCUACGACAAGAAUCCAGUCUCCUACAUGACCCCGGAGCAGCAGCAGCCCGUACGUACUGCCGACUUGCAGCCUCGCUUCACCGGCUUGGUCAGUACACCCAAGGCCACGGUGACCAGUGCUCAGGUAUCGCCAACCUACGGCAGCGGCUCCGUAGCCGGUGGCAUCGGGACUGACGCGCAACGCACCGACUCGAUUCUGCAGUCGCCUGCGACUACCACUCUGUUCUACCCGGCGGCGUACCAGCCCACGGCUUACCUGCCGCAGCCGGCCACCUAUAGCUGGCUGCUACCGGAGCAGAUCGCCAACUCUGCACCUCACAAUCAGAUGUAUCACCAGCAGUCCGUUGCCAGCUAGACAAGAGUACUGCCUGUGACAGCCCCGCAUAAUGAAGAAACUCAGGCAUACUUGCCCAUACACGACGACUGCGUCUCCUUCCCAUCCUCAGUAUUUCUCAACAUCCCCCCCAAAAGAAGCAAAGAGUCAACAGCUUUAUCCAUCGCUCAUUAUUCUAUUUUCGCUGGACAAUUAUCCAAACUUUCUACGUCUAGUGCGCUUGGCAUGUUCUAUGCGCGUCCUUUUUUCCUUCAAAGAGAGAACCAUUUUUCUAUAUAAAUUUGCGGAAACUAUCUCAGCCCCCCACAGCUCAUAGACUGCCUGCACUGCUGUACCAUAUGCAUAGUCUCUUUAGCCUGUAUAUAACCUCUAUUCUAGUGUAGCUCUGCUGUAUCAUACUCUCUCGCUCACUGCUCUAUAUAGCACCAUUGCCACUGGUGCACAAGCAACUGAAUUCUAUAUUCAACAUCACCGCAUUUCAGGCUGGGCUUUUGGCCGCCGUCGAUUGAAACUUCCCAGAGGACAGUUGCUGCGCUAUGUCUUUCUGCGGAAAGUAUUGUACUUGACUAUAAAUGCAAAGAGAAUAAAAAAUUUCCACUGAGUUACCUAUAACACUAA